AUGCGCCAUUCUACGGUUGCUACAGCAGAAGCAGAACGCGAAAAUUCAUCGUCGUCGCUAACAAGCGCUGAUAUUAUGAAUCGUAAAAGCGCCAAAAGGAAGAACAAAUCAACCAGUCAACCAGUCAACCAGUCAACCAGUCAACCAGUCAACCAGUCAACCAGUCAACCAGUCAACCAGUCAACCAGUCAACCAGUCAACCAGUCAACCAGUCAACCAGUCAACCAGUCAACCAGUCAACCAGUCAACCAGUCAACCAGUCAACCAGUCAACCAGUCAACCAGUCAACCAGUCAACCAGUCAACCAGUCAACCAGUCAACCAGUCAACCAGUCAACCAGUCAACCAGUCAACCAGUCAACCAGUCAACCAGUCAACCAGUCAACCAGUCAACCAGUCAACCAGUCAACCAGUCAACCAGUCAACCAGUCAACCAGUCAACCAGUCAACCAGUCAACCAGUCAACCAGUCAACCAGUCAACCAGUCAACCAGUCAACCAGUCAACCAGUCAACCAGUCAACCAGUCAACCAGUCAACCAGUCAACCAGUCAACCAGUCAACCAGUCAACCAGUCAACCAGUCAACCAGUCAACCAGUCAACCAGUCAACCAGUCAACCAGUCAACCAGUCAACCAGUCAACCAGUCAACAAGUAAACAAGUAAACAAGUAAACAAGUAAACAAGUAAACAAGUAAACAAGUAAACAAGUAAACAAGUAAACAAGUAAACAAGUAAACAAGUAAACAAGUAAACAAGUAAACAAGUAAACAAGAUAGCAGCAUCCAUGGUUGA